AUGAGCGCAGGAGAACACAACCAUCGCCAAAUGGACGAAACUAUCAAGACUCAAACUCUUGAAAAAUUGGUUGAGAACUUUGUAAACAAGGGCUAUCCCGAAUUCAAACCCGUUCAGCAUACCACUCAAGUGGUAUCAGGCAUCAACCACAAGUACAAGAUUCAAGUGGGAAAGAAUGUGUACAUUCAUGCUAAAAUUCAUGAAAAUACUAAGGGUGAAUUGUCUGUACUUUCAGUUGAUGAAGGAAAGACUUUGUCCGAUGCUUUGUAA